AAACCGAAUAAGUCUCGAAUCAUGGGAAAUAUCGAUUGUUUCUUUUUUGCUUGGUAUUAAUACGAAUAGCUUUCUGCUUCUCAUUUACUCUAUUCUUUAAGACUUGCGUCUCUUUUGGGUUGUGUUGAGCCAAACCUUGCUUUCCCUCUCAAUAUGAUCAUUUCCAAGAAAUUUAAAUGGCCAAAGGACGACGACGGUACUGCCAGAAUUAGUAUUGGAUUUCUCGACGGAAAUAAUUUCCAAAAAAACAGAGUAAUAACCACCGCUGGCCAAUGGGAAAAUGCGUGUCCAAAUAUCGAGUUCGUCUGGGAAGACGAUCCCAAGGACGCCGAUGUCCGUAUUACGUUUAACUCACAUGAAUGGUAUUCCAAGGUCGGGUCCAACGCAAAAAAUUUUCCCAAAUCAGAGUCGACUACAAAAUUGAGAUGGAAGUCAGAUUUGAAGGAAAUGGACCGACAAAUCCUUCACGAAUUCGGACAUAUACUGGGUGCCGAACAUGAACAAUUCUCGCCUAGUUUCCCAUAUAAAUGGAACCGAGACGCUCUCGUGGAAUAUUGGAAAGAAUAUUAUCACAAUCAGAACAAAAGCUGGGGUAAUGGCCAACUAAUUACUCGGGCUAGAGAGAAGGUUGAUCGUGAUAUUAUCUUUCGGUAUCGCGUGAACGACCCCAACUACUACAUGUCGGCAUUUGAUGGCCAUUCGAUCAUGCUGUAUGAAAUCCAUGAAGAGUGGUUGGAAGUGAAUCCCUCAUUCGGGAAAACGCCCGAAGAAUUUCCUGAAAAUUAUGAAAUUUCAAGGAUCGACCGGGCGACUAUGAAUAAAAUCUACAGUGGAUAAUGCAUAAGGAUGUUUGUAAAGAUGAAUCGGAUUUGCCAUAUAUCCAAGGGAUAUUCCCGUUCACGGUAGUUCUACUCGACUCCUCUACUUAAAUGAUUUUGUUUUCUAUACAAUACACUACUAAUUA